AUGGAGCUAGGAGGCUUUAAGAUGUUCAACAUAGUUUCAUCGUGGAACAAGAGGCGGAGAAGCAGAUCACUUGAUCAGUUAAAUCCCUGGGUGUACAAGCCGGCCGAGCUAUGGCAGGCGAAGGAGCAUCAGCCGCCGCCCAAGAAACGCAGCUGCACGGUGGUGUUCACGCUCAAGGAGAUGGAGGAGGCCACCAACAUGUUCAGCGAACGCAACCUCGUCGGCAAGGGCGGCUUCGGCCGGGUUUACAGAGGCGUCCUCAAGGAUGGCCAGAUCGUUGCCAUCAAGAAGAUGGACCUGCCCACUUCGAAGCAGGCCGACGGCGAGCGCGAGUUCCGGGUGGAGAUCGACAUCCUGAGCAGGCUAGACCACCCCAACCUGGUCACGCUCAUCGGCUACUGCGCCGACGGCAAGCACCGGUUCGUCGUCUACGAGUUCAUGCCCAGAGGCAACCUCCAGGACAUCCUCAAUGGCAUUGGGGAGGUGAGGAUGGACUGGCCACUGCGCCUGCGGAUCGCGCUGGGCGCGGCGCGGGCGCUGGCCUACCUGCACUCCAGCACGGCCGUCGGCGUCCCCGUCGUCCACAGGGACUUCAAGUCCAGCAACAUCCUCCUCACCGAGCACUACGAGGCAAAGAUCUCGGACUUCGGGCUUGCCAAGCUACUGCAGCAGGACCAGGACCUGCACACCACCACCAGGGUGCUGGGCACGUUCGGCUACUUCGACCCCGAAUACGCGCUGAGUUUAGUUUGUUUCCAGACAGGGAAGCUGACGCUGCAGAGCGACGUGUACGCGUUCGGCGUGGUGCUGCUGGAACUGCUGACGGGGCGACGAGCCAUCGACCUGAGCCAGGGCCCGCAGGAGCAGAACCUCAUCGUGGGCAUCCACCAGGUGGUGGGCGACCGCAAGAAGCUGCGCAAGGUGGUGGACCGGGACAUGCCCAAGGGCUCCUACACGGUGGAGUCCGUGUCCAUGUUCGCCGCGCUCGCCGCGCGCUGCGUCUGCUUCGACAGCGCCGGCCGCCCCGCCAUGCAGGACUGCGUCAAGGAGCUCCAGUUCAUCAUGUACGCCAACAUGAAGAUAUGA